AUCAUCUUAUAUAAUAUAUACUCCCAACUUCUCUAAAAAUAAAAACAGAACACAUCACACAAUCAAAGAUACUCCCUAUAAUGGCAACACCAAUAUUUACUAUCUUCCUCUUCCUUACCUCCAUCCUUGCUAUACUCUCCACAACCAUAGCACACCACCCUCCAACUUCCAACCACUCUAAACCCAAACCCAAACCCGAAUCCACUACUAACUUCAUAUGGUCAUCUUGUAGUACAACAAGGUACCCUCCUCUUUGUUACAAUGGCCUUUCACGCUAUGCUAACAAGAUAGGAAAAAGCCACCGCCAGGUGGCAUUAACCGCCUUGGCGAUGAGCUUAUCCAGGGCCAGAUCUGCUGCACGAUUAGUUUCCCGGUUAAAAAAGGCUAAAGGGAUAAAACAUAGGGAAUAUGAAGCAGUUAAAGAUUGUAUUGAUACCAUGAGUGAUGGGGUGGAUCAAUUGACCCGUUCGUUCGUGGAGCUUGCUAAUUUGGGUCAAACCGAUAGUGAGGAGUUCAUGUGGCAUAUGGGUAAUGUUCAAACAUGGGUUAGUUCUGCUUUAACGGAUGAGAGUACUUGUGUUGAUGGGUUAUCUGAUGAUGGAUAUAGUAAUAAUAAUGGUGGGAGUAAUAAUAAGGUGAAAGGUGUUAUUCAAAUGAAGGUUAAUAAUGUUGCUCAACUUACUAGUAAUGCUCUUGCUUUGGUUAAUCGAUUUGUAGAAAGGUAUGGUUAAUCAAAUCCUUAAUCUUAAUUUGUAUCCUCGUACUUAAUUAAUUAGUUUUAUUUUUUAAGGAUGUUUUUUUGUUUAAUUCUUCACUUGUUUUGUUUAAUUGUAAUGAAAUAAUUAAUGUGUGAGCUGUGAAGUACGUACAAAAGGUUAGUGACUGAGCUCUGUUGUUCGAGCCCUUUAAUAAGAUUGUCUAAUUAAUUAGGUACUUUGAUUGA